CCGCCGAGCCAGGCCAGAUCUACGCGUGCCUUGUCGGUCCCGCAGUCACCCUCCCGACUCCUGGCCGUCAGGUCGAUCCGGCCGUCGGCGAUGUUUUAUUUCCACUGUCCGCCACAGCUAGAGGGCACUGCACCCUUUGGCAACCACUCUACAGGAGAUUUCGAUGAUGGGUUUCUGCGGAGAAAACAGCGCCGGAACCGGACCACGUUCACUCUUCAGCAGCUGGAAGCUCUGGAGGCAGUUUUUGCCCAAACACACUACCCUGAUGUCUUCACCAGAGAAGAGCUAGCCAUGAAAAUCAACCUCACAGAAGCCAGAGUGCAGGUUUGGUUCCAGAACCGAAGAGCCAAAUGGAGGAAAACGGAGAGAGGGGCCUCGGACCAGGAGCCAGGAGCCAAGGAGCCCAUGGCAGAGGUGACGCCACCGCCUGUGAGGAAUAUCAACUCCCCGCCCCCUGGGGACCAGGCCAGGAGCAAGAAGGAGGUCCUGGAGGCCCAGCAGAGCCUGGGGCGAACUGUCGGUCCCACAGGGCCUUUCUUCCCCUCUUGCUUGCCGGGAACCCUCCUGAAUACGGCCACGUACGCCCAGGCCCUGUCACACGUUGCUUCCCUGAAAGGGGGCCCACUGUGCUCUUGCUGUGUGCCAGACCCCAUGGGGCUCUCCUUCCUCCCCCCCUACGGCUGCCAGACUAACCGCACGGCCAGCGUGGCAGCCCUGCGCAUGAAAGCUCGUGAGCACUCGGAGGCCGUCCUGCAGUCGGCCAACCUCCUGCCGUCCACCAGCAGCAGCCCCAGCCCUGCGGCCAAGCCGGCGCCCCCCGACGGCAGCCAGGACAAGACCCCUCCCAGCAAGGAACAGAGCGAGGGUGAGAAGAGUGUAUGA